AUGGCAAUACAUCGAAACCUUGCGGCAAAAAAUCGAAUGCAAAAGCAAAAAUUAAAUGCAGCUAUACGAAAGCAAUCAGCUUUAUUGGAAACAAAAUUAAAAAAUGGGAAAAUUACAGACACGUAUGCUAAUAAGAAGAGAGAUAUCAGUGAACUUUCGAGGAAAUUGUUACAUUCCGCAAUAGGAUUUAUCGUGUUAUUGAUAUAUUCAGACAGUGAAACAAUCGCGGUCAGAAAUAAUUUACUUUAUAUGUUUGCAUUCGUAUUUUCAGCAGAAAUCUUGAGAUUUUUUAGUAAAAGUUUUAACGAAAUGUAUAUAAGAGUCUUGGGAUUUAUGAUGAGAGAGAGAGAAAAGACCGAGAAAUAUAAUGGAGUGAUAUCCUAUUUGAUAGGAUGUAUUGGUGUCCUUACAUUAUUUCCUAAGGAUAUAGCAUCAAUAUCGAUAUUGAUUUUAUCAUGGUGUGAUACGGCAGCAUCAUUCGUAGGCAGAAGGUGGGGAAAUUAUACAUAUAAGUUUCGAAAUGGUAAGUCAUUAGCAGGCACAUUAGGUUCGAUGACAGUCGGAUCAAUUGCCGCUUUUAUAUUUUGGGGUCUAUUAAAACAUGAUCCCGAAAAUUCUAGUUGGGUAGAAGAGAAAAGUUUAUUGCCAUUACCUAUAUUAACCAUAUUAACGGGAACAAUUGGUGGUAUGAGUGAAUUGAUUGAUUUGUGGGGGUUAGAUGAUAAUUUGGUUAUUCCUUUAUUAUCUGGUACGAUUUUGUGGAUUCUAUUAAGAGGACUUGGUUUAGGAGCUCGUAGAAAAGUAAUGCUUUGCUCUAAUUUGUUAAUACAAAUAAAAAGAGGGUUUAGGAUCAAUAGUAGUGGUACUUUCCAACAACUACAAUUGGAAAAGGAAGGAGCCGUUUCUCAGACCAAAAAAGUUGAAAAAACGUUAAGAAAGUUUUGGAAACAAGUAUCCAUCCAAUCAAAUACAGACACACAAACAUAUGAGAUAUUACUUGAUAAAAGGUCAUUGAAAACGCCAGGAGGAUCAAAAUUAAGUAUACCUUAUUCAAAAAAAAUUUUGGCAUAUUUAAUUGCUGGCGAGUGGGAGUCUCAAAAUCAUCUACUAAAACAACAUUCCUUACCAUUGACGUCAUUGAUUAGUAGAGCUAUAGAUGCAUUUGAUAAAGAUAUUAAUACAAAACAAGAAGUUAUCAAUAAUUUAUUACGAUGUUUGGAUAAUGAUUUAAUUUGUUAUCAAGAAUCAUAUCCUGAUUCAUUAGUUGAAUUACAACAAAGACAUUGGGUCCCAAUAUUAAAUUGGGUACAAAAAACUUACAAUGUCGAAAUUAAAACUACUGACGGUAUAAGUGGGUUAAAGCAACCUGAGAGUACCAGAAAAAAAUUAAAGGAUAUAAUUGAAAACUUUGAUUCUUUAAAAUUAUCAGGAUUUGAGAGGGCUACGAUGUUAUCAAAGUCAUUUUUAAUUGGUUUAGCUUUAGUAGAAAGAAAAUUAAGUGUUGAGGAAGCUUCAACAGCUUCGUUAAUUGAAAUAAUUUCACAAACUAUGAAAUGGGGUAAAAUUGAAAAUGCGCAUGAUGUUGAAAAUGAAAGUAUUAAAAGACAAUUGGGAUCAGUUAUUUGUGCUAUUAUGGUUUCCAAUAAUUAA